AUGGACGAGCGCGCGCAGCAGCGCAUCACGUAUCUGCUGCAAGAGAUCGACGCGAACAUCUGCGCGGCACACCGAUCGGCCACGCAGAUCUGCGCCACGGUGCGGAAACAUCACCAGAUCCUGCGGCAAAUCCACGCGUCCUCGCGCGUCUGGCGGCCGCUCUUUGAUUCGUUCACACAGCCCGUCGCAGUCCGUCGUGUGACGCGCACGCCGUCACGAUUUUCACGACCUUUUACGCCAAGGUCAGAACCCAAUGAAGUCCAGAGACUGCAGGAAGUCGCUAUCGAAGACGAGGACGAGGACAUGGAGGAGGAGUCGUCGUUUGUCAGUAGAGAGCAGACGUUCAAGACCACGACGCUCAAGAAGCACCAGCCGCUCAGUGGCGAUCGUCGCAAUGCCGACGAAGACAGUCUCGAUGCCAGUAUCAACAGUGAAAACCUGCCACGAAUGUCACGCACGCCGUACAUGUCGAAAGAUGCCGCGGUCCACUCGACAGCCAAGACAUCGCAGCAGUCGACGUCGACGUUUAACUCGAGCGAUCACGGACGCUGGUCGCCUCGGAUGACGUCACCACCUCGGAAAGGGGUCGUCUCGCGAGAGCAACCGAGGACAGGGGACGCUGGCGACCGACGGAUCACGACGCCGCCGUCGGCUAUUAGCAGCGUGGAGUGCCGCACUAGUCCCGGUAUUAGCAGGAACCUCAUGAAGAUGGGUGCGUUCGAGUACACGCCACCACGUGGGAAGAAACUUAUGUCCAUAGCGGACGGGGAAGAAAAGGAAGGCGACAGCACGACGGAUUCGAUUGAGACGCCUUAUUUUCCAGAGUUUAGCACGGUCCGGCUGUCCAUUGCGCCUCGAAAUGAGGCGGAACUGGCUGAGGAAGCGGAUAGUACGUCGAGGUCGUCACGAUCACCGGGGAAAGAGGAUGGUUCUAGUCGAAAGCGGCCACGGUCAGAGGCUGCUCGUGAAAAGGAUCGGACAUCACUCGUGUACCCGAAGACCCACUAUCCUGCAAAAGCCACGUCUCCAUUCACGUCGCCUAGCUUGCGCAGGAAGUACAGCAGUAGAAGCAGUAUAUCAUCAGGGUAUCGACAGACACAAACGGAAGGGCAGACACCAGCCGCAUCAACGCCGCCGCGAGAACGCAAUGAGGCGUUUAUAGACGACGAUACACCUAGUACGCCCGAAUUCGAUCUGGCCUCGCCGUUGUUGCGCACGCAACUAAAGGCCAUGACACCAAAUACUCCACUGUCAAACCGUCUGGUUGGUGCCAGCCUUGACGUUGGCAGUGUGUCUCAAGAGACGCGGUUGCAGGACUACGACGACUCGAUCAGCGCCGGGGAGCCGACUCCAAAGUUUGAGCUUUCGUUGCUGCCAGCAGCAUUUCAGCGAGGAAUUGGUGCCGUGCAGGUGUCGACAUUGUACAGUAAAUUUCAAGGAACAGCUGAUGAUACUCCAGCAAUUAGCGUCGACCAGCUUAUGGGUGUGCUACCUGAUUAUGGGAAGGAAAAGAUUGAGAUCCUGCUGGACACGCUGGUCUCGAGACGGCUGCUGAGGCCGUUUGUCGUGGAAGGCACGAUGUUUUGGCAGAAGGCAACAUGA